AUGGACUACGCCGAACGCCUCAACGAAAUCUCCACCAAAUCCCACGAACUCUCCUCCCUCCCCACCUGCUCCUUCUCCAUCCCCACCACCCUCCCCAUCCCCGUCAACCUCCUCGAUGUCACCCAAAUCCAUUCCUUCGACCCCCUCUACCCCGCCCUCCGCCGCGAAGCCCUCCGCCCCGACGGCAUAGCGUUCGAGCGGCGAGCGCAGGCGAGCCAGCUACUGAAGCGGAAUGGGAUCCGGCAGAAGGACUUGCCGGAGUGGGAGUGGGUGCGGUUUGUGUGUAUGAAGAGGGGGCAGCAGGAGGGGUGGAUGGGGGAGUGGUGGGAGGUGAGGAGGGGUGUGAGGGGUGGGGAGGGGGAGAGGGCGGAGGGGGGGCCGAGGAGCUUGGUGGAGGGGCAAUCGGGGUCGAGGAACUCGGUGGGGGGGUAUGGGCAUUUGUUAUCGCCGAUGACGGCUGCCGGCUCCGACGCUGCGAGACGGAGGUGGAGCGAGGGGGGUAAUAGGAGGGAUACUGCGAUAGAGGAGCUGGUUCGCGGUGCGUCGUUGCUGGAUAUCAGCGAACACAAUCAUAAUCUGGGCGUUGACAGACAUGCUGCGGGGGGGACGCGGAUAGAGGAUGAGGAGCCACCGAGUUAUGAGGAAGCGAUGGAGAUGGUGGGGAAACCGCCGGGGUAUCUAUUAUGAUGCUAUGGAGUGGAGGUGGACGAGUGGGCGGUAAUCGAGAUGGGGGUUUGAUACCACACGGCUUCGAAUCGGCGAUCAUGGUCACCUAUCUGUUGAAAUGGAUGUUGAUGAGUUACGAAGGGAUGAAUGGCAUGGGAUAGCUGGCGUUUUGGAAGUUCAAUUUGGUACGGAGAUGUCGAAUUACACUGCUUCAUCACCAAGUCCAUGUCCUACGCAGGGUGGAUUAAUUUGGAUUACUGAGGAUCAUGUUAUUAUUAGUACAUCUUCGAAACGUUUACCAUCAACAGCGACAGCCAAUCAAUACAAUAGGUACUAAAGGUAUACUCUCGAACCCAAGGACCAGGGAAAUGCGUAUGACCAACUUUUGACCCAGCAUGCCAAGGAACUUCGAUCAAAUAACAUACUACAGGUUGUUAGCUCCCGCUCCUCAUCC